GAUUUCAUCCAUUGUAUUGUAUAAAAUGGCGUUGUGUUAAGUUAAAUAUUAGUUUAUAGUAAUAGCAAAAGUAUUUUAAUUAUAAUUACGAUGUCAAAGGAUGAGAUGUUUUCUGUUGUAUUAGAAAGCAUAUCCGAUUUGAGAACAUUACUAACCAAUGCGUGCGAUCUAGAGGUUCUUUUAGUAAAUACAGACAGGGACAAGGAUACAUUAAUAGAAAAAUCGAAGAAAUUCGUAGACGAUCAAUGUGUUAUAGCAGAAAAACUAAAAAAAACAUUCUACAAUGAAUACGAUAAACUAGUCGAACCUCGAAUCAAGGAAGAAGUUAUACCUAAUGAAUCUAGCAAAUGUAAUGAUAACGAUGACAUCCCCGAAGAUAUUAACAAGGCAGCCGAUUCAACGGAUCCAUCUGCUAGCGAAACCGCCGAUGCGAAACCAUCGGGCAAGUCCAUUAUAAGAGUUGUCGAUUUAAACAAGCUGCUGGAUCCCAAGCGAAAGAAAUCCGUCAAAUUCGAUAGUUCAAUUAUAAUUCUAACCAGUUCCGAGGACGACGAACCCAAAUCCGCGCCCUCGAAAUCCAAAGAAAACGGCUUAAAAUCCGCCAUCAAAAAAACCGCUUUAGACGAGGACAAAGAGGACGACGCCGAAUCGCCGAAUCGAUCCCGCAAAUCCAGCCGGCUGCGAUCGAACCAAACCAAACGGGAGCUCCGAAAAGAAGGACUCAAGAAGAUAUUCAAGCGAUCGUCCGACAGAAACUUCGAAAUCGUCACCAGAAAGAGCAAGCGAAGCUGCCCCCCGUCCAGCAAGUCCUCCGAUUCGAGCGACUCGAGCGACUCGGACGGCCGAACCGACCGCUCGUCCGACAAAUUCCACAUCGACGAGCACAAAAUCGACAAAGAAUUGCAAAUAACCCUGCCCAAAAUCCCCGUGGACCAGCUGAAGGACGUCUACGAAACCGACAGGAACGUCUUCGAGCCGCAAAGCGGCACCCAAACGAAACGAACGUCGGGCUACGAGAGCGACACCGAGAGCAAUCGAACCAAGAAAACCAAAACCUUCGAACGGAGAACCAACGACGAGCCAGCCGAUCGAUCGGGGGAUCUGUUCGAAGACGAUGAAAAUGCAGCCGAUGAAAAUCUAGCCGAUGAAUCCGGUAUAAAUAUCAAGGACAAUGAACCGAUUCCCAGUGAAACUCGAAUCGAAGAUGCCGAUAAAGCUGCGAACUCACAAACCAGUUGCAUAGACUCUACGAGUACGUAUAUCACAGCGCAAAGUGAUAAUGUUAGUGCGAACGAGGAAGAAACGCCUCGCGAAGACGAUUCCUCGAUUAGGCAAAGCGAGAAAGUCGAAGAAAAAGCAGAAGAUGAAGUAAUUAAAAGUAACGAAUGUGAUGAAGGUAGUGAUUCUGAUAGUGUAAGCAAAAAUGAACUUAGUAAAUCCACAAAGAAAUCGAACGUGCUGAGCGAUUCCGAUGAGGGCGAGCGGGCGGCUCGAUUGUCGGAUAGCGAAGACGAACAAGUAAAGAAGAAAUCGAAAAAGAAAAGGGUGAAAAAGAACAAAAAAACCGUCAUAAGCGAUUCGGACGAUGAGGAUAACGAUAAAAGCGAGAAAAACAAGGAGGCAUCCGACGUGGAAAACGACGAAUCGCGGAAGAGCUCCGAAGAAUCCGCCAAGCAAAGCGAAGAGGACGAAGAAGAAACGGCCAAAAAGAAAAAGUCGCGAAAGAGCAGGAUAAAGAAGCGGAAAAACAGCAGCAGCGAAAGCGAGGAAGUCGAGACCAGGAAACACAUAAGAAAAGUUUUGGACAAGAACAAGCUCUCGGAAUCGACGUUGAAAGCCGAGGAAGCCGAGAAGGAGCGCAAGGCUCGCAUAGCGAAAAAACAACAAAAAUACAACAAGGUCUACGAGGAGACGAAAGACGCCAGCGUCGACGAGGUCGUCUUGGACUACGAGGAGAAAACCAAAGAGCCCCGAUUGGCCGUGCACAAGGACAUCGUGAAGCACCUGAAGCCCCACCAGGCCUCCGGCAUCCAAUUCAUGUACGACGCCUGCUUCGAAUCGGUCGAACGAACGCUCAAAUCGCCCGGCUCCGGAUGCAUACUGGCGCACAGCAUGGGCUUGGGCAAGACGUUACAAAUCGUGGCGCUGACGGAGACGCUGAUGCGCCACGCCCGGCUGACCAAAGUCGAACGGGUGAUGGUCGUGUCGCCGGUGAACACGGUGCUCAAUUGGAAGGCCGAGUACAGGAAAUGGCUGCCGAAGAAGGCCCAAGUGGAGGUGUUCGAAUUGGCCACGUCGAAGAAGAACUACGAGCGCCAGCACGUGGUCAAAGAGUGGAUCGACGAGGGCGGCGUGCUGAUCAUCGGCUACGUCAUGUUCAGGAAUCUCAGCAAUCCGACCAACAAGAAGAUACCGAAGAAAAUGCGGGCCGUCUUCCACGAGGGUUUGGUCGAUCCGGGGCCGGAUUUGGUGGUGUGCGACGAAGGGCACCUGUUGAAAAACGAGAAAACCAACCUGAGCAUCGCCAUGAACAGGAUAAAAACCGCCCGCAGGAUCGUACUGACCGGUACGCCGCUGCAGAACAACCUGCGAGAGUACUGGUGCAUGGUGCAAUUCAUCAAACCCAAUCUGCUCGGCACCUACAAGGAGUAUUUGAAUCGGUUCGUGAAUCCCAUCAUAAACGGCCAGUACACCGAUUCGACGCAACACGACACCGUACUCAUGAGGAAACGUUCGCACGUCCUCCACAAGCUACUCGACGGCGUCGUCCAGCGUCGCGACUACUCGGUGCUCGAACCCUACCUGCCGCCCAAGCACGAGUACGUCCUGUUCGUCCGCCUCUCCGACGCCCAGGUCAAGCUCUACAAGCACUACAUGGAGCACUACGCGCGCAAAACCGACGGCACCAAUCGCACCUCCUUCCUCUUCGUCGACUUCCAAACGCUACAGCGCAUCUGCACGCAUCCGCGCGUCCUCGCCGACAAGACCAAAGAGAACAAGGCCAAGUGGGACGACGAGGAGGACUCGGAGGGCUCGCUGAAGGACUUCAUCGACGACGGCGACGACACCAGCGGCGCCUCGUCGACGUCGAACAGCUCGGACGAGGCCAGCGCCGGUAGUUCAGACGGCGGUAAAAGAGGCAAGCGAGGCAAGGCGAGGGUCACCAGGGCGGCGGCGGCGCAACGAAAAGAAAACGGCGGCGAAGAGGCGGAGAGCGACGACGCCGAGAUGCAGGCCGACGAGGUGAAGAAGGAAUGGUGGCAGGAGUACUGCGACGGCGACGAAUUGGACAACGUCAAUCACAGCGGUAAAUUGUCGUUGUUCUUCGAGAUAUUGAAGGAGUGCGAAGAGAUCGGCGAUAAGGUGUUGGUGUUUUCGCAAUCGUUGUACACGUUGAAUUGCAUCGAGUAUUUCCUGAAUAAAAUCGACGAGGCCACCGCCAACGGGGAUACCGAUAAAGUGGGCGGUUAUAAAGGUAAUUGGGUGUACGGAAUCGAUUACCUGCGGCUGGACGGCUCGUCGAGCUGCGACAACCGCGCCAUCUGGUGCGACAACUUCAACAAUCCCGACAACGAGCGGACGCGGCUGUUUUUGAUAUCGACGCGCGCCGGCGGCCUCGGCAUCAAUCUGUUCGCAGCGAAUCGAGUGAUCAUCUUCGACGUGUCGUGGAACCCGUCGCACGACAUCCAGAGCAUCUACCGGGUGUACCGGUUCGGCCAGACGAAGCCGUGCUACAUCUAUCGGUUCGUCACGUACGGCGCCAUGGAGAUGAAGAUCUACGAGCGACAGGUCACCAAGCAGGCGAUAUCGAAGCGGGUGAUCGACGAGCAACAGAUCGACAGGCAUUACAACCAGAACGAUUUGCAGGAGUUGUACAAGUGCGAUUUGGAACCGUCGGAUCGGCCUACGCCGCUCGUACCGAAAGACGUCAUGUUGGGCGAGAUGCUGCAAAAGUACGCCAACGUCCUCUACAAGUACCACAUACACCAAUCGCUGUUGGAGAACAAAACCGACGAGGGCCUGAACGAGGAGGAGCGCAAAGCCGCCUGGGAGGAGUUCGAGAACGAAAAGGAGCUGCGCAAGACGUACACGAACUACGCCAACGUUUCGUACCUGACGAAUCCGGCCAUCAGCAGUCCGCAGGCGAUCAACGCCGCCCUGACGAACAUCGUGCGUCGCGACAAUCCGACGUGGUCGGAGACGCAGAUCAAGGGCAUCAUACCGGCGUUGGUGCGACAGUUGCAGAUUCAAAUCGAAGAGAAGGACAUGUCGAUGUACCAACGCGUCGUGCAAGAAAUCCAAAUAAUGAACCGCGCUAAAUUGAAGGAAACCAUGUACCAACAGCAAAUGAUGAAUUUCUACCAGCAACAGAUGCUCAAGCAGAAGCAACAGAACACCGUGCUGGGCGAUCUGAUGGUCAACUACCAGCAAUUGCAAAACAUGUUCGGCGCGAACGCGCCCAUUCCCGGCGCCGCGACGGCGUCGAUGGGCCAACAGGGCAACGCCAAUCGCGCCGGCGUCGCGAUGCCGAACUACUUCAAAGGGCCCAGCACGUCUGCGCAGAAUCUCCAGCCCUCGAACGAUGUCAUUGAAUUGAACGACUGACGUUAGGAACGCCAUUUUGUUUUCCGUUUCCGCUCGAUCCAACCCCCCUCCCCCCACCCCUACACACUCGCCCCCCCGCCGCGGUCUGAACGUAACUCCUUUUAUUGUUUGUUUUUUUCGUUGUAUCAUCUAGUUGGUAGAUUUAUUUUGUAAGUAAAAAUAUGAUAUCCUAAGUGUGCGUAUUUUUUUGUAAUCGCUCGCCUUGAAUUCUCGCUCCUUUUCUAGUACAAGUCUACGCUCGUAGAGAUAGUAAAGGAGGGAGAGUUAGGGGUGAGCGAUAGGUGCACCGACCAUUGUAAAGGGUGUUUCAAUAAGAGCGAUUUAAGAUUCAAUAAAGCAAUGUUAUCUGUAGCAAAAUAUGGAAAUAUUUAUAAAUUUAUCAUGUGUACAUUUAGGAAUUAUAUAUGAAACAAAAUAUCUUGUAAAUGGCCGCCACGGCUUUGCUGGCACAAGCGUACUCUUUUGAUAAAAUAUUCAAUAGCAUUAUUGUAUACAUUGUGGAGGUAUUUUAUUGAUAGAGCGUCUAAUUUCGG